AUGAGCAAGUUAUGUCCCAGACUGUCAAAUGCUUUAGAAAAAUCUAAGAACAAAGCUGUGGUCAAGUUUCCUUCUUCCAACUGGUCUAUUCACCUUCAACCUUAUGAUGGCUGUAGUGGUGGAUCUUCCAGGUAUCGUUUCACGUUCGUUUGGUGUGUUUGUUCUUCUCUCGACGAGCGCAAUGUUCUCACUCCUGAGAUCGCAUUCGUUGCCUGUGCACUCUUCAACGUCAUGAGGUUCCCCAUCUACUACACACCAAUGAUGGUCCAGUUCAUUAUACAGUUUUUGGUUGCAUUGAAGAGAAUAAAUAAAUUCAUGAAUGCAGAUGAGCUGGACUUUACUUCAGUCUCUCACGAUACAAACAAAAAGGAACCGUUAAUUAUAGAAGAUGGGACAUUCUCAUGGGGUACUGAGGAAGAUGACAAGCCUGUUUUGCGCAAUAUCACACUGAAGGUACAGCCUGGACAGUUGGUAGCAGUGGUGGGGGCCAUUGGUGCUGGCAAGACUUCCCUUAUAUCUGCCUUCAUGGGCGAAAUGGUCAGGAAUUCUGGUUAUGCCAAUACCAAGGGAAGAAUAGCAUAUGUAGCGCAACAGGCUUGGAUCCAGAAUGCAACAGUCAAAGACAAUAUUGUGUUUGGAAGCAAUUUUGAUGAAAAACAUUAUUUCAAAACAGUAAAGAACUGUGCCUUAGAACAAGACUUCAAGAUGCUGUCUGGAGGGGACGCCACAGAGAUAGGAGAAAAGGGUAUCAACCUGAGUGGAGGACAGAAGCAGAGAGUGAGUCUAGCACGAGCAGUGUACAGUGAUGCAGAAAUCUAUCUGAUGGACGAUCCACUCAGUGCGGUCAAUUCUCAUGUCAAUCAAUACAUUUUUGUGAUUGUCAUUGACUUAACCAAUGUAACUGAAUGUUGUGCUUGUAGGGUAUCAACCUGAGUGGAGGACAGAAGCAGAGAGUGAGUCUAGCACGAGCAGUGUACAGUGAUGCAGAAAUCUAUCUGAUGGACGAUC